AUGCCUGUGAUAAUUGAAAUAGAAGUAUUGAAAUUAAUUCUUGAAGAAGUAAUUCUCAUAUCAAAAAAUGGACCUAAAAUAAAAAAGAGAAUAAUGUCAUUAGAGGUAAAACAAGAAACUGUGAACAAAGAAAUUACUUAG